AUGCCUAGAAUUUUUGCUAGUUCGACAGACUACUCUCAGUGCCGGGGCAGCUUUGGAUGCCAUAUCCUGUUCAUCAUUAACUUGGCUUCUUGGAAAUCCAAGAGCUACGGCUUGAACCUCCAAGGCAGCGCGUCGCUCUCAGAACCUCUCUCAAAACUCAUAGCAGCUCAAAUGCCACUGCUGCGCGCUGACGCUUCGGUAUCCAGCCCGAAUGAAAAGACGUCCGAAUAUCGCCUCGGAGCUACAAGCAAAACAUCUCAUCAGUCAAGGGCCAAAAAUGGGUGUACCGACCUCACAGACCGAGAGAAACAGCAGGCCAAUCUCGUCCAGCUAGGCAGGCGCAAGAAGGACAGUCGCAUGUUCGCUGUCAUGCAACCCUUGUUUGCCCAAAUUAAUCCAUUAUCAGUCAGCGAGGACAAGGAUACGACGAGCAUUAGAGCCUUCCUUGAGGAUGUUUCUCGCGUCGCUGAUCUAGAAGUGCUAGCUCGCAGGCACGCGGAUGAGGGCAAGUAUAUGGUAGAUAGGAACCACGACACAACGACUAUAAUCACCUUCUUUCUAAGCCGCCGCACUGUCCGCCUCAUUCAGGCAAAGGACUUUGAUGUCAACCUGCCAUCUACUGAUGACGAGAGUCGGAGAGCACAACUGGCCGCAAAGGAAGCCAAAGGCCGAUUGGGUGAAGCCUAA